AUGGAAGGAUCCAGUGGGUCGAGUUUUGGGAUAGACACUAUUUUAUCCAGCACGUCCAACUCUGGCAACCCGGUGCUGAUGAACGGAGACUUUCGGCUCCCGGACAGCAGGAGCUCAGAUUUCAGGAGUCUGGCAACCCCAUCACCAUGCUCGGAGAUAGACACUGUGGGGACGGGCCCCUCGUCCCCCAUCUCCGUCACCAUGGAGCACGCCGCCGACCCUCAUCUGGUCCAGGACAGCCUCCAGCAUCAGCACCACCAUCAGCACCACCACCACCCACACAACCAGAGUCAGCAGCAGGCGGUGCUGGCCGGGGCCGGCUGUGCACCGAGGAGCGCCACCUCCUCCUUCCUAAUCAAAGACAUUCUGGGAGACAGCAAACCUCUGGCUGCCUGUGCACCUUACAGCACCACCAGUGUGUCCUCACCCCAUCACACGCCAAAACCAGAAGGUGCCUCGGCUCCGGACGGCUUCAGGCCCAAGCUGGAGCAAGAGGAGAACAGAGGGAAGUUGGACAAAAGAGAUGAGAUUCAGAGUGAACUGAAAUGCAACGGAGCUAAGGAGGAAGGCGACCGGGAGAUCUCCAGCAGCAGAGACAGUCCUCCCAUGCGAUCCAAAAAGCCCCGCAAAGCCCGGACAGCCUUCACGGACCACCAGCUCAACCAGCUGGAGCGGAGCUUCGAGCGGCAGAAAUACCUCAGCGUGCAGGACCGCAUGGACCUGGCUGCAGCCCUCAACCUGACCGACACACAGGUCAAGACCUGGUACCAGAACCGACGGACGAAGUGGAAGCGUCAGACGGCGGUGGGACUGGAGCUGCUGGCUGAAGCAGGGAACUACUCGGCCUUGCAGAGGAUGUUCCCGUCGCCGUACUUCUACCACCCGAGCCUGCUGGGCACCGUGGACAGCACGACGGCGGCAGCGGCGGCGGCGGCCAUGUACAGCAGCAUGUACCGGACUCCCUCUGCACCGCACCCCGGCCUCCAGAGACCGCUGGUCCCCAGGGUGCUCAUCCAUGGGCUGGGGCCGGGGGGGCAGCCGGCCCUGAACCCUCUGAACCCUCUGAACCCUCUGAACCCCAUGUCCGGCACACGGUAG